AUGCAGCCCAAGAAGCCGACCCCAUUUCCAAUGCAACUUUGCAGGGUGCCAUCCACUCCAGGCGACAUCUUGCAUCGCGAUGACUAUUAUGCAAACGCUCUAGGUGUUAGUGACAAGGUGCCAGCAUUUAACAAGAUGUCCGAUUUACUAGAUGCUCUAACACAAACAUUCCUUAAAUUUGGUGAUCUUCCCCUCGAAACCCAGAUGGCUAUUUGGAAGUAUUUCGGCAGAAUCGAGGCAGAAACUCCAAAUGUCAUCAAAAUCUACAAGCAAGUACUGAUUGAACCAACCGAGGGUCCGUUGGAGAAACAUUUCAAGAGCAGAAAGUAUAUGACAGUCCGUAUCACGUCCCAAGAGGUGGCCUACAAAAUACCUACUAUCAUGUCUGUCUGCGUUGCAUCUCGAGCAAUUGGCAAGCAGUUGUAUUUGAAUGAAUUCAAGACGAUUCCCAUGGGUUCCAUCAAUGCGCGGUUGACAUACUUCAAUGAAGACAAGGAUAUCGUUGUUCUCGACGACAUGUAUAUUCUUCAAGAAUGGCGUUACAAUCGACAAACCGAUUCCGAAAUGGAUCGUUACCCUUAUCCAGGACAAAGUCAGCACGCAAUGGAGCCAGUAAGAAGAAGAAUCAACAUUAGACAUCUUGUUGUCGAUGGUUUGUUACAAUCUCCUUACAUGUGGAGAAUGUUGGGAAGAUUCUACGAUUGCGAAACCAUUAUUGUGGCGUCGAAUAGAUCGAUUGUCAGUCAACCUUUCAGCGAUGCUGACCUUUUCGAGCCGGAUCGUGUGUUCUUACAUCGUCUGCGGGAUGUUCUUCGUGGCUUUUGGGUCAAUGAACGAGAGGGCCCCUUUGUGAGAACUGAUUAUCGUUUUAAACCUGUCCGCCCCUCGGUCGUCGAACCAAGUUGGGAUCCUGCUGAUACGACGAUUUCUAACCCUAUUCUACUGUUCUGGUUGCCUAGAAAUAUCAUGAAUGACCUGACAACCCAGUAUCCUGCUAUCAGACAACAACCAAAGACAUUCAACGACAGCAGCGAAUACCCUUUGAUGAUCAACUCCAACUUUUCUCAUCUUCAUGCUGCUCAAUUUGAUCAUCCAUGGAACACCUAUGUUGGUUGA